UCCGGGCAUCCCGCUUGGGAAGGGAGGACGCUUUUCCCAAAGGAAAUCCCUGUGGAAGCGGCUCCGGGAUCGGCAGGCAGGCGAUUUUUGGGAUCGUUCUCCCCCCCAUGGAGCCCUGGGCGCCGCUGGACCCGGGGCAGAAGGAGCUGUACCGGGACGUGAUGCACGAGAGCUACGAGACCCUCCUGUCCCUGGCUCAGGGCCUGCUGAGCGAAAAGGCAGAGCUGGAGGACGACGCAGCCGAGCCCGACGAGGGUCCAGGGAUCGGUUCGGAGCAGGAGAAGCCCCUCGGCUCCCACCGGCGCAAAGCGAAGCGCCCGGACCGGGCCGUGCCCCCCGGAGCCCCCGCGGCGGUGCCCAAACCCGAGCCCGAGGAGGGGCCGUGCCGGGAUCGGUGCCGGGAUCGGUGCCGGGAUCGGCCCUUCGGCUGCGCCGACUGCGGGAAGAGCUUCCCGUGGGCCUCCCACCUGGAGCGGCACCGGCGCGUCCACACCGGCGAGCGGCCCUUCGGCUGCCCCGAGUGCGGCGAGACCUACAGCCAGAGCUCGCACCUGCGGCAGCACCGGCGCGGCCACGCCGGCGACCGCCCGCGCCGAGGAGGCCGGGGCGGCGGCCAGAGUUUCGCCGGCGCGGCCCCGCGGCCCCACAGCUGCGGCGACUGUGGCAAGGCCUUCGCCUGGGCCUCGCACCUGGAGCGCCACCGGCGCGUCCACACCGGCGAGCGGCCCUUCGGGUGCGCCGAGUGCGGCGAGCGCUUCAGCCAGGCCUCCCACCUGGCCAAGCACCGGCGUGGCCACGCCGCCGCCGCCGAGCGGCCUCACCGCUGCCCGGCCUGCGGCAAGACCUUCUGGCAGAGCGCGGAGCUGGCGCGGCACCGGGGCGCCCACCUGGGCCGGCGGGCCCUGCGCUGCGGCCACUGCGGGCGGCUGUUCCGCGCCGGGCCGGCGCUGGCGCGGCACCAGCGCCGCCACCACCGCCCGCCCGAGCGCUCGCACCGCUGCGCCGACUGCGGCAAGGCCUUCGCGUGGGCCUCGCACCUCGAGCGCCACCGGCGCGUCCACACCGGCGAGCGGCCCUUCCCCUGCGGCCGCUGCGGCGGGCGCUUCGCCCAGAAGGCCCACCUGCUGCAGCACCGCAAGACCCACUCGCCCGACCGGCCCUACAAGUGCGGCGACUGCGGGAAGCGCUUCGGCGAGGCCGCCCCCUUCCUGGCGCACCAGCGCGGCCACGCCGCCCGCAAGGGCUUCGCCUGCGGCCACUGCGGCAAGGCCUUCGCCUGGGCCUCGCACCUCGAGCGCCACCGGCGCGUCCACACCGGAGAGCGGCCCUUCGGCUGCCCCGAGUGCGGCGAGGCCUUCAGCCAGGCCUCCCACCUCGCCAAGCACCGCCGCAGCCACCUCCACAAGGCCGCGGGGCCGCCCCUCGCCGCCGGGACCUGGCGCCGGGUGGGGGACGAGCCGCAAGUCAUCGCGGACUCACCGGGAGCCCAUGGCGGCGAGGAGGCCUCAGGGGCCGAGACCCCCUGAAGGACCGAGACCCCCUGAAGGACCGAGACCCCCUGAAGGGCCAAGACCCUCCCUUGGAGUGAUGGAGGAGCCCUGAGGGGCCGAGACCCUCCCUUGGAGUGAUGGAGGAGCCCUGAGGGGCCGAGACCCCCUGAAGGGCCAAGACCCCCUGAAGGACCGAGACCCUCCCUUGGAGUGACGGAUGGGGAGGAAGGACGGUGCCCCGAGUGGAAACUCGGCUUGAGGACAAGCCCAAGGAUUUGGGGAUGAGCCCCCCCCGGAGCCACUUUGUGGGAGGGGGGGCUGCGGAGCCCCUAGUUGGGACCCCUUAAAUUUAUCGGCGAUAAACACGUCGGGGACCGUUUUGGGGCAAAAUCGCCUGAAUUUGGAGCGGGGGGGGUGGGUGCUGGGGGUGGGGUAGCCCCUGUACUCUGAGGGGACGGGGCUGAGGGGCUGCAGGAACACCCCCCCCCCAGUGCUGCACCUUCACAGUGGGGAAAGGGGCUGAUUUGGGGGCCAAAAAGGGGAGUUUCUGUCACCAGAACAAAGAGCACCCCCGAAACGUGUUAGGACCCCCCCCACGAGGAGUUCGGAGCCCCCAAAAUUCACGGUUUUUCCCUCCCCGGGGCCACAGAGGCCUUUGGAGGAGGCUUUGCCCCUCGACAGGGCCCCGUCGCCAUGGCAACGCCGGCGGCCGCCCUCCCCCAAGAUGGCGGGCAGGGCCUCACCCGCGGGCGCCAUCUUGAGCCGGGCCCCGCUGGCGGCAACGGGGACGGGGAGGGCGCGGCCAUUUUCCCUCGCGCCCCGCCUGAGGGCGGCGCCGCCAUCUUGGAAGAGGGCACCUCCCCUUUCCGACCCCGAAUUAACCGUUUUUCAGCCCGAUUUCUGCGCUCCCCGGCCCCGCAGCGACGCCUCCCGCAAAUAUUUUCCUCACCCAAAAGCCGGUGUCAUCGGGGGCUGCGAGGACAGCGUAGAGAAAAGCGGGGAAAUGGUCGGUGUCGAAUCCUCUGUCCGCAUCAUGCAGGAGGGAGCUCCCAGCAGUAGGGAUUUAAAUCCCUAAAUCCCUCGGGAAAGGCCCGAUGAGUGGGCGUAGCGGGGGUUUGGGGGUCAUUUCUGUACAUCUGGAGGUUUUGGGUCAUUUUCUCCUCAGCCCAGGUUCCUGGAGCGGCUCCGUGAUGCUCAUGGGGACACGGCACAGAGGCCAAUGCUGUGAAAAGCACCCCAAAACCCUCCUCUCUCCCC